AUGGAGAGUAAUUUCGUGUCGGUCUUUAAGCUGGAUGGUGUUCCCAUACUACCGCCGCUGGUUAAUGAGGAGGUGCGUGCAGCCGUAGCCAUUUACCGGCAGAAGGCAAUCGAAAUCGAAAAACGACUGGAAGAAAGAAAAAGGACCUUGGCCGUGGAUUGCGAAUUGAUCGAUACGAAUAGUUCGAUCGUUAGAGGAGGGUGUUCAAAAUUGGCCGUGGUAGAUGAUGCAGAAUGUGGUGUAUCGGAUCAUCAGAUAGAACUGGAAGCAGCAGUAAACGUAUCAACAAUUCUAACAGCGAAUGUAGUGAACGAUUUUUCCAGCCAAAGUGAAGAAUCAACAUUUACGGUUCACUUGGAAGCUUUAUGCGAACCCUCACAACAAAAGAUCGUGACUGUCAUUGAGACAGUAGAAAAAUUACAAGCUGAUCAAACCGACUGCAGUCUCAUCUGCCGAGACCAAGCACCCAGGCAUGCAGAGCAAGCACAAUUCGAUGUCGAUAAACAACCGUGUUGGCAAUCACCUACCAGAACGGUGACUCCAACGUCAGAAGAAUCGCUGGGAUGGUUCCCGUUGGUAAGAUCCAACACUUAUAAUCUAGAAAAACCGAGCAUCGAUCUAAUGAAUCUGCAAAGAGUCGAUCAUUCUACACCGAUCGAUCGGGCAAAGUUAGAUUCUGCUUUAGAAAACGUAAUAGACUGCUGCAAUCCUAAAGUUCCUACCGUUGAAAGCAAACCGGUUACACCGAAACCGAAAGUAGUAGCACAAAAGGACACUGCACCGGUAAAAGUUCAACCAAUCCCAUUUGGUAAAUAUAAAACGGAUCGACUGACCAAAUCCCCCAAACAGCCGAUCGUGGAUCCUGCCAAAUGUCGAACGAAACGAAAACCGGCUUCGCGUAAGAUCAGCCACUCUUCCGCCGGUUCGGGGGUUGCAUCUGAUCGUGCACUUGAUAGCGUCGCGCAAGCACUAACUAUACACGAACGGCGCAUGAUGGAACUGUUAAAAAGGCAAGAAGAAGAACGACUAAUGUUGGAAAAAAGUUUUCGCGAAAAAACUCAAGAGUUGGUAGCACUUUGUGGGAAAUCUCUUACCAUAGAGUGUGAUGUGAUGGGAAACGAGAAAAAUAGUAUGAUGAUGAUGCCGGAUUGCAAUCGAACAAAGACGCCGGACAUUAAUGUUGCUUCGAGCGUUAGCCAACUAUCGCUGUGCGAUGUGUCCUAUGAUUCGUGUACCGAUACGGACGAUGCCGCUUACCAAACAUGCCAUGCGAACGGAACUUCGGAAGAGAAUGUCAACAACAAUGAACAUACGUUGACGGAAGAACAACCCUUGGCGGAUAGGAAUGAUCUUUUCGCUAUGAUGAAUUCAUCGGUUCGUACAAUGACCAAAAUCCAAGACAGCAACGGAAAUGAUGUGAUUAGUCUUUUGCCAGAGCGAAUGACGGAACUGCAACAAGAGAAAGCGGCCACCAUUAUUAAUGCUUACGCACGGGGCUAUCUAACCAGGCGUCUGCUUAAGACGGACGAAGUGCAAAGCAUUAAACGCACGAUAGCCGAUAUCAUUUGCUUUAUUAUAAGCUCGCAAACGCAGCCGAAAGGAAUGAAAGAGGACAAUGCAAACCAGGCAGCUGUUCGUCGGAAUGCCGGUAAACACAUUGCAUUUUGUUUGGAUCGAUUACAUGAUAUUUUUGUAACCAGCACGCCACAGGAACGUAUGCAAAUGAUUCGUCGUGAUCGUUGUUUAAAAAGCAAAUCUACACUGCCAAAGGUACACAAACCGACCGUUUAG